AGGCAGCGGUCGCGUCGUGGUCUUCAGAUACCUCAGAUUCGUGAGAGAAAUGCAAAUACCAGAGAUUCAAUAUUGAACGCGAGCCGAGAGAAAAGAAAAGUGUGAGACGUGUUUGGAAAAUCGAAUACGAAUCGAAUUUCGUACGGCACCGUCAACGGAAAUCGCAACAACGGUAAUUGUUGUGUGUGCUCGGUCGCUUUUGUACCCUGUGAGUGUGCCGGUGUGAGGUUGAUUGGUUUCUCGCCCCACCAACCAAUUGUGGAAUACUUUGGGCCACCGGCAGCCAGGGAUAUCCCAGCCAGAUCCAGCCAGUUUGCGGCCCAGCAAAAUGACAGGCGGUUGCAACUUGGUGUUGCAGCUGGCACUAAUUUUGCUGCUUAGCGCAGCAGCAACGUCGAGUGGGGAGUCCACCACGGAGACGCCAUCGGCCCUGUUGCCCUUGGAGGCAAGACGCGCCGAUGUCUCGGGCGAGGAGGAUGUCAUCUCCACGAGCUAUGUGCUGCCCAAUCAGAUCUUCAACGAAGGAAAACCAUACUAUGCUCGACAGGAUCCCGUGUCGGGUCAGCUGGACUUCAGUGCCAAGAAACCGGCGGGUAUACAGCCGGAGGCCAAUGAAGUGGUGGAUCCCAACGAGAAGAUUGUACUCAGUGGUGGCAGUUCACCCAACAUACACGACUUCUUGAACCUGCCCGUUAAGUACUCCUCGUCGAAGUUUGUCUAUCCUCUGGUCUCCAGUUCGUAUGCCAAUCUGAAAUACCAGGGAAGCAACAAGAACUACAUCACCAACAAGAAACCCACAUCGGUGGUGGCUCCAGUCACUCCACCACCUCCAAACUAUCACAGUUCGAACUAUUUUACGGUGCCAACUACCAAACUUACUGCUGUGACACCCACGGCAGGAGCUUACUAUCCCAGUAGCCCCAGCACUACCAGCAGCACGAGUACCUCCACGUCCACCACUACAACCACCACCACCACCACUACUCGGGGAACCAGGAGACCAGUUAGCACCACCACAACCACGGAGGCCACGAGUCCGGUGGCCAAGUAUACCACCACCUCCCGACGACCCAUUCCCUUGCAGACGGUCUCCACCACGCAGCAACCCCCAAGGACCAGCACCACCCGCAAGAAGUUUGUGCCGACCAAGAAGUACAGCCCCACAGUGCCCAGCACCAGUCAGGUUCCGGGGAAGCCAUCGCCCAGGCCCACGCCCAGCAGCAGCGACGUGGCCCUCACCACCCACCAUGCCACUCCCCAGGCGGCCAUCUUCCCCACUGAGCCCUCGACAACCACCAAGAUGUACACCACCUCGAGCACAAGUCCACCUGUGGUGUUCACAGAAGGUCCCACUCCCCCACCCGCCUUCAGUCCCAUUCCGGGAACUGGUAUUCCCAACCUGGAUCCCGCCGAUGUUUACCACACGCUGGGGCAGAAGAACACGCAGGCCGAGGAGCAGCAGCAGCAGCAGUUUGAGAAGCAGCAGCUAAUGCAGCAGCAACAGCAAAUACAGCAUCAGCAAUAUCAGGAGCAGCAGCAACAGCUAUACCAACAGCAGCAAUAUCAGCUGCAGUUGGAGAAGCAGCAACUGGAAAAGCAAAAGCAUCCAUACCAGCAGCAACUGGAAAAGCAACAGCAACUUCAGCAGCAGCAGCAGCAGCAACAGCAGCAGCAUCAACAACAGCAACAACAGCAGCAGCACCACCAGCAGCAGCAGCAGCAACAUCAGCCUCAACCGCCAACUCAGCAACAGCAGCCCACUCCUCCCAAAACCCCCAUGACCCUCAGUGAUAUAUUUAACAGCCUGGCGGAGGAAGAAUCCAAUGUGGCCCAAAACUACCAGCAAAAUCAGGGAUUCGAUGCCCAGGGUAAUCUCAUCCAACCCAUUGCACCAUCAAAGCCAUCGCCUUUCGCCAUGCAACAACCAGGAGCUCAGCAGCCAGGAUCACAGCAUCCAGGAGCUCAGCAACCCGGAUCACAGCAGCGACCCAAUCCCAACGAGCAGAAGGUGAUUUCUGGCAGUCAGGAGAACUACAGCAACGAGUACGUUUCCUACCAAGUGCAGCAGCCCAACAUGAUGCAAUACCGACCUGUGCCUGGCCAGAUCAACAACGUGGUCAUCUCACCUGGACAGCAAUCAGCCUCCUUUGUUCUGGGCAGUCAGGUGCAACAGGUUAGUGUGGGUCACCCAAGCAUGGAGAAGGAGCCUCUAUUCGCCAAGGAUACCCCUGGAGUGCAAUAUGGUCAGGUGAUCAACGAAGAUAUUGGCAACAUCAAGCGACCUCUCAAGGAAACAGUGCCCCAGCCGCCGAACUACCAACAGAUGCCCAGCAUGCAGCAGAACUCCAACUUCCAUCAGAACGGAAAUGUGGCCACUUCGGGAGGCCCUGGAACGGUCUCCUACCAAGAACCACCACCAGAGGCACCUAGUCCCUAUCAGCAGUUGCCCCUCAUUGGUUCUAACAAGAGGCCUUCUAAGAAACCAGUGGCCAAGCCGGAGCAACCUCCACAUCCCGCCUACCCACCACAAUUACCACAGACUUCAACGCCACCCCAAAUGCAGCCCACGCCACCAGCUGUGAUGCAGGGCGAAGACACCAAGGAGCUGCUGGUCUCCACCAACAUUCGGUUCCCCGCCCAGGGAGAGGAGUCGCUGGAAAUGUCCUCCUCCGCUGUUAUGCAAGGUCCUCCGACAGGUCCCCAAAUCAAUGGUCAUGCUCAUCCCCUAAGCCUGCAGCAAAUUCAGAAUUCCAAUCCGGUUGUCUUCCCCAAGGGCAAGGAUGAAGUAGCUCCCGGCAGCGCCAAUGUGCAGAUCCAGCAGCAUGAAGUGCUCAACCUGAGCCAGCAGAAACCACCAUUGAAAUUCCCUGCCCAGCAGCCAGGACUUGGCGAGCUACCUUCGCUGGACAUGGAGCCACCACCGCGUUAUCCCACUACCUUGCCCGUGCCCCAGGCACCUCCAACUCCUGGCAAGCGUCCGAUGGGACCAUCACCUCAGUCUAACUUCUAUAACGAGUUCAAUAGGAAGCCCCAGAAUGGACCACGUCCCAGCAACCUGCCCAACAUUUUACCACAGUUCCGUCCAAAUGCCAAGAUCUCCAGUGGACAUCCUCCCAACUUGAAGCAGGAACCUGGCAACAUCCGUCUGCCCCAGCAAGGAGGCCCUGGUCCCAAACGUCCCUACAAUCCCUCAGUGCCUCCCCAGUUUGCCCAUCGCCGUCAGCCACUGCAUCAACAGCAGCAGCAGAUGAUGCAGAAGCGUUAUCCCAUGAACCGCAUCUCGGAGUACCCCGUGGGUCCGAGUCCAGGAGGAGGUGAUGUCAACAGGCGGGUUUACAGACUGCCCCCAUAUGGAGGUCAGAACAUGCCCUACCACCCCGAUCACAUGUAUCCCCGUCGUCCCCAUGGUCCUGGUCCACUGAGAUCCGUUGAUGGCUAUCCGGCCGAGCGACAUGCUCCCUCAGCGGAACCCUACAAGACCAUUGAUGCCGAGGCAGCCGCCGAUUUUGAGGAGGAGGAUUUGGUGAUCAACGAUCCGCCACAGCCAGUAACUCCCGGCAAGGAUCGCAAGGGAGUGGAGGACACCAAACUGGAGCCAGUGGUCACCCUGCAAAUGCUGCAGUCCCAGAAAAAGGCUGUCAGCCUGCCCGGCGAGGAUACGGGUGCCGGAGAGAUCCAGGUCACAGCCGACAACGAUCCCCAGGAGGCUGAGGCCUCUAAGCUCAGUCAGCAAAAACUUGAUCCCAGCGGAAUGUACGUGGUCUUUCCAAUGAAGGGUGCGGAAAAAGCUCAGGCAGAGGGAGAAGCUCCUUCUGCCCCGGCGGAAUAUCAGAACACCCCUUUCUCCGUGAUCCGUGAUCAGCCCCAGGAACCGAUCCUUAAGAACAAGAAGCCUCAGUCGCUGCAGCAGCAAAACAAAGUGCAGACGGUGCCGAAGGAGAAGUUUCCCUAUCCCAUAGAGAAGCCAGACCCAUCUUACUCAGAGCUCCACCCCGAUGCGCAGCCUGGUGUUUCAGGAGUACUGGUAGCUCCAAGGAUCAUUACCGGAGCUUUGGGCACCGGCACCGAAACUCCCAUUGCCAUUGCCUACACGCCCACUGAACCGAAUCCAUUCCGUCACGAACAGGGACAGAAGUUCUCCAACAUCAACCUGGCCACCUCGGUGAUCAAUGAGAUCCGUCAGGACACCCAAACUGAGGAGGGUCUGAGUAGCGACUUCGAUCUGCGCGGUCAGAAUUUCGAGAAGGACUUUAUGGCUCCAUUUUAUCCAAGCGUGAGCCUAGGUGGUGGCGCCAGUGGAGCUGCAGCAAUAAAUCCCGCAGCGCCUAGUAACUGGAACAUUGUGCCCUCCACCACGGACCAGGCGAUCUACGAGAAAAACAACAUCAACCGAGCUGAUGUGGAGACCACGGAAGAAAAGAAAGCGGAGGAGGAGCAGCCCACAGCCAGUCCGUUGACAGCGGAGAAGCCCUCCGAGAUGGACAGCUUCCAGCCACAACUUCAGGGUGGCUUCAAGCCCAUCUAUCCACCGGGUUACAUGCAUGUGGAGCAAGUGGAACAGGAGAAGAUCGCAGGUGCCAAGAAUGCGGCCCAGGAUCAGCCAAUCGCAAUGGCUCUGGUGGGCACCACAGCAAAGCCUUUGACUUCAUCAUCGCCAGUCAGUAGCAGUAGCAGUUCCACAUCAACAUCCUCCAGCACCUCCACAACCUCAACGACUCACCAGCCUGGAAUAACCAAGGCGGAUGCCUCUUUGGCCACCACCAAGGCGCCGGUGGUCAGUACGAAGCCCACGCAGCGCAAGAAGACCACUUUUGAGACCAGUCUGGCGGCACUGCUGUUCGGGGACGAUGACGAGGAGGAUGGAGCACGCAAGUCCGCGGAACUGCCCAAGGCCCAGGCUGGUCCCAGGAAUGUGCCACGCAUGGGUCCCCGGAGUCUGACGCUGAGCUAAGCAGUUGGGACGAGCCCCCAAAACUAGUAUAGACCAAUUUUAGUUUGUAUUAUUUAUUCAAAGUUUAUGAGACAGCAGGGAUAAGCCCCGCUUAGAGGUAGACCAUGUGGUAAUCUAGUUCUGUUCUACAGCUUAUAGUUCGUAAGCUCACCAUCCAGAUAAAUAGACCAUCGCCUCCAACGAGCCAACCCCACAAUCCCAGCGACUUUUGCGAGUCUGAUUUGAAAUGCGAGUGAUGUGAACUUUCUCAUUGGACUCCCGAAUCGUCGGAAAUGAGAUAAAAGCUUUUUGUAUUCAAUUUAACACAAACCCUAAAAUAGUACUCACAAUUUACCAGAUUAUUGUACCAUAGAAAACCAUGCAAAUAAAUAUAAUUUUGAUAUGAU